AUGUCUUCAUAGGUUACUUUCAAAAGUAAAAUUAACUUUGAAAAAUUAACUUUAUUUAAUUGAAUUAUUCGAAUUUUUUAACCAAAAAAAACUUACAAAAUUUAGUAAAAUUAAGAAAGAAUUUUAUAUUAUAAUAAUGAGUGUUACCGUUUCUUACGUACUGUUUGCUUAUUUCUAAAAUAAGGUUACGUGAUACUUUAUAAAUAUAAUCAUAUUCUUGUAUAGUUCGAAACAAAUGUGGAUUUUCAUUUAUAAUUAAUUUUAUUGUAUAUAGAAGAUGUAUUAAAGAAAAAAAAAUCUGUUCAUCAUAGUUCAAUAUAAUUUUAAGCAUUUAAUAAAAUGAAACCAUCGAUUUUCGUUGAAAAUGAGUCAGUGCUACUCGUAGGAGAAGGAAAUUUUUCAUUUUCCGUAGCGUUAUAUCAACUUAACCUUAAAAUAAACUUAAUAGCUACGUGCUAUGAAUCUGAUAUUUCUGACGAAGCUGGAAAGAAAAACAUAGAAUAUCUUAAAAGACAUGGCAUACGUGUAUUGCUGGGAAUAGAUGCAACAAAAUUAAUGGAAAAUACUAUAUUAAAAAAGGAAUCCUUUGAUAAAAUUAUUUUUAAUUUUCCUCAUGUUGGUGGUAAAAUGAGAAUAGAAAAAAAUCGAGAAUUAUUAAGACAAUUUUUCAUAGAAAUUGAAAAAUUAAAUAAUCCUAAUGUAGAAGUAUUGAUAACUCUUUGUAAUGGUCAAGGUGGAACACCUAUGGAUGAGCCUAAAAGAAAUUGGAAUGAUUCAUGGAAAGUUACAGAAAUGGCAGCUCAUGGAAAUUUUAUAUUAACUAAGAUAGAUCCAUUUCUAUGGUCGUAUUUUCCAAUCUAUGUAGUUACGGGGUAUCGUAGUUUACAAAAACAAUUUCAUACUACGAAUGCAUUGACUCAUUUUUUCAAAAGAUCAGAGCCACCCAAUUAUAAAAACAUAUCUCCAACAAAUAAAAUUAAUAUUGUUACAUGCGAUAUAAAUAAUUUUUUAAGAAAAGAUGUAUUUCAUAUGUCAAAGAAAUUAUCGAAUUUAAAAAUUUGGUGCAUAUAUCCACCAGCGAACACUUAUCAUUGUGAUAAUAAAUAUAUUCCAAAUGCUAUACGUAGUAAAAAACCCAAAACAUUAGGCAAUACAUCACAAUAUUUUGUGGAUAUAAAACAGGUAAGAGUCAUUGGUGGAAAAGGUGGUGAUGGAAAUAUAUCGUUUCUACAAUUAUGGAAAAAUGAUCGUGCAGGACCUGAUGGAGGAGAUGGUGGACAUGGUGGGCAUGUGAUUUUUCAGGUUUCAAAUAAUGUUAAAGAUUUUAAACAUAUUAAAAGUGUCUUAAAAGCAGAACAUGGAGAAAACGGUUCUUGUAAAAACUGUUUUGGUAAAAAUGCUAGUCAUAAUAUUGUACCCGUUCCUUCUGGAACUAUAAUACGUAAUAUUAAAGGAACAAUAUUAGCUGAUUUGGAUCAAGAUAAUUCGAUGUUUAUUGCUGCACGAGGUGGUGCAGGUGGUCAUGGAAAUACUUUUUUUACGUCUGACAUUCAACAAUCUCCAAAAAUUUCUGAAUAUGGAGCAAAUGGUGAAGAUUUGCAAUAUGUACUGGAAGUAAGAAGUAUGGCUCAUAUUGGACUUAUUGGUCUUCCAAAUGCUGGUAAAAGUACACUUUUAAGAGCUAUAUCUAGAGCUAGACCAAAAGUAGCAUCUUAUCCAUUUACAACUUUAAAACCUCAUGUGGGUACAAUAUCAUAUGAUGAUUAUGAACAAAUUAGAGUGGCAGAUUUACCUGGACUCAUAGCUGACUCUCAUAAGAAUAAAGGUCUUGGUAUAACAUUUCUUAAACAUGCGGAACGUUGUGCUAUUCUAUUAUUUGUUAUAGAUCUUUCUCUUGAUGAACCUUGGCAAGCAUUAGAAAUAUUAAGUUAUGAAAUCAAUCAAUUCAACAAAAAUUUAAACAAUAGAUCUUUUAUUGUUGUCGCUAAUAAGAUGGAUUUACCUAAAGCUAAGGAAAAUUUACAAUUGUUAAAGGAAAAAAUUGAUAUGCCUAUUAUACCUAUAUCUGCAAAAGUAGGUAUUAAUAUAUCUACUUUAUUGAAACAAAUUAGGAUAUUAUAUGAUGAAUUAAAAAAAGAAAACGACAAAUCAAUGAAUAAAAAUGAAAUAUUUAUAUAAUUUAAA